AUGAUGAGAAAAAAUGCUGCAAGUUUUUAUCCGCCACCUUAUAAAACAACACCUUUCAAUGGAAUGCCCAAUAAUUUUGGCGUAGGACCACCUUCUGUUCCAUCAUUUUAUAACUUACAACUUCAACACGGUCAACAACAACAACAACAACAACAGCAACAACAACAACAACAACAACCCAAAAAACAACAAAGAAGUAAAAAGCAUUUAAUAAAUGAACAAAAUCAUGAUAAUACUAUUCCAAAUAUUCCUUCAUUUAAAUUGUAUGAUUUGGAUACAAGUGAUAAUAACGAAAUAAUUCGGCUUAUAUUUUCAUUUGCUGAUGUUUCAUAUAAAAAUAAACUUUUAACACAAGAUGAAUGGAUUAGAAUCAAAGAACAUAUGUUAUUUGAACAUUUGCCUAUUUUACGUAUUAAUCAUGAUUUUAAAAUUUUUAAAUUACAUGCUAUAAUACGUUAUUUAGCAAGAGAAUUUCAUUUAUAUGGUACAGGUCAACAUGAUCAUGCUAUUGUUGAUAUUAUUCAUGAAACAGUUCGUGAAUUUCGAGAAAAAAUUUUUCAACAAAAUAAUAAUUCAUCAGCUAAUAAUGAACAAACAUUACAUCAAUUAAUAACAGAUCAUUCAACAACAUAUUUAAAACAAUUAGAAAAUUUUUAUGAAAUAUUUAAUCGUCGUGGUCCAUUUUAUUUAGGUUCACAUGUAUCGUUAGCUGACUUAAUUGUUUAUGAUACAAUAAAUCAUUUAGUUAAAAUUGAUACAAAAUUACUUGAUAAUUAUUCUCAUUUAAAAGACGCAUAUCGACGUUUAGAAAAACAUCCAAGAUUAUCAAAUUAUAUGAAUAUAAAAACGAAUAAUAAUGAAAUUCAAAAAUAUCAUCAUCAUCAUCAUCAUAGAUCUCCACAAUCACGACGUCAUGCAACAAAAUCACCUCUACCAAAUAUACCACCUCAUCAACAUCGACAUCGAUCACAUGAAGGAAGUGAAUCAGGCCAUUAUCAUUAUCAUCAUCACCAUCACCAUCAUCAUCCUCAUCAUCGACGUCAUUCAAAAGAACCAACACCACUUUUACAAACAAAACAACGAUCAAUGAUAUCAUCAAAAUCACCUACUAUUUCAAGAAAAGAGAUAGAACCACCACCGCCAAUCCCACCAACGAAACAACAACUAGUGAGAUCAUCACAAUCACCUAGAGUUUCAACAAAAGAUAUAGAAUCAUCACCACCAAUUCCACAAACCAAACAACGACCAAUAAGAACAUCAAAAUCUCCUAGUAGUUCAAGAAAAGAUAAAGAACCAACACCAUUACGAGCAACUGAUGUUAUCCCACCACCGCCACCACCACCAAUACCACAACCACCACCGCCCCCAUCAAUUAUUAAUGAACAUAAAAAUUAA